AUGCGUCGUCUCCCGUCCGUGGAAUGGUCACAGCAUAGUGGGCACAGGCUCACCGCCCAGGGCCAGUCGACGAUCUCCGUCCCGUCGGCUUCCACGGUGCGCUUUAUCCUCAUGUGCUGCCUCUGGUACACCACGUCCGCCCUCUCGUCCAACACGGGGAAGUCAAUUAUGACCACUUUCCGCUACCCCGUCACCCUCACCUUCAUCCAGUUCGGGUUCGUCGCGCUGUAUUGCCUGCUAUUCAUGAGUCCGGUGGUCCGCUUCUCUCACUUGCGCAUGCCGAAUAAGGCCAUCUUCCGAAACACUUUCCCGAUGGGUGUCUUCCAGGUUGGAGGCCAUAUCUUUUCCAGUAUGGCCAUAUCUCGUAUCCACGUUAGCACUGUCCACACUAUCAAGGCGCUAUCUCCGCUGUUUACUGUCGCUGCUUACGCGCUACUGUUUGGCGUCAGCUAUUCCACGAAGACAUACAUCUCGCUACUCCCGCUGACCCUCGGAGUCAUGCUGGCGUGCAGUAUGGAGAUGGACAGGUCAAGCGCUGUCGGUGUACUCUGUGCCUUCGGCUCAGCCAUCAUUUUCGUCACCCAGAACAUCUACUUCAAGAAGAUCGUUCCCUCCAAUGGUGGCCAGUCGUCACACAAGCUUGACAAGCUGAAUCUCCUCUUCUACUCGUCGAGCAUGGCCUUCCUCCUGAUGAUACCAAUCUGGAUGUACUACGACCUCCCCGUCUUCCUCUCCGCGGAUGAGACCCACGUCAUGCAUCCCACGCACGGUCAUGCGACCCCGCACUCAGUCAUAUACUACCUCAUCGCCAACGGGACAGUCCACUUCGCGCAGAACAUCAUCGCGUUCAUCAUCCUCUCCUCGACGUCCCCCGUCACCUACUCUAUUGCCUCGCUCAUCAAGCGUGUCGCUGUUAUCUGCAUCGCGAUAGUCUGGUUUUCCCAGUCCGUCCAUCCCGUCCAAGCUGUCGGUAUCGCGAUGACUUUCGGUGGCCUGUACAUGUACAACAACGCGAAGAGUGACGUUGAGAAGGGUGAGCACAAGAUGCGCAGGGUGGAGGCUGCUCGGGACCUCGCACUUCCCGCCACCAAGGCAGACCUCUCGAGUGAUGGCGAGGCUACGCCGAUCCGGAGUGUUACACCCGAGCUCGUCUCAGGGCUGGCUGAGGUCGGCGUGACUUCGGCGUAUGGACGUACCCCAGCUCUCUCUUCUCACCCUCCCCGCGCGUCACAUCCACCCGCGCCCGCGCCUUCAUCAUUAUCAUUCGGGCAGUACAGUUCGCCUCCUCCAUCGUACGCCCGGUCACACCCGCAACACAACCUUCACAUCAAGAUCACUCCCCCGCCUGCGACAAAACCGGGUAACGCCGCUUCACCAGUGGAUUCAUACCCAUCGCCGCCCCCAUCAUUAGAUUCGCCUCCUUCCAGCGCGGUCCACCAAACCCCUAACACCCCGUGGACCCCACGGCAGAGGCGAGCAUCAGUCGCUGCCAACCAUCAGCGCACGGAGGCUCCUCCAAGGCGGGCCGUCGCGGUCGCAUGA